AUGGAAGUAAAAAGAUAUGAUCAACUGGCAUCAAACGACACCACAACUUCUGUCAAAACCUCUACAAAUGAUUCCAACCAUCAAAACGAGAUUCUUACGCAGAGUGAUUUAAGUAAAAAUAAUACUGUACAACAGUCAGAGGAAAGUUCUCAAAUACAAACUACUGAACAAGAAGAAGAGGAGAUAAGCAUAAUGACAAAUAUGGGCGUUGAUCUGAAGGCUCAGACAAAUCCUCAAACCACUGAUGACCGAACUGCUAGUAAUUCACAGGAUUUGACUUACCAAAAAGAUCAAAUACAUCAGGAUCUGACCUAUCCAAAUGUUUAUGGUUACCAAUCAACAUUAGAGCAUACCACAAAUAUAGGUGGUGAAGAUAGCAGUUACCAAUUUGGUAUUGAUAGUGCAGAUUCUCAAGAAAACGAAAAAAAAUCAUAUGAACAACCUAUUGAAACAGACAAACAGUAUGCGUAUGAUUAUAAUCAACCGCAAGCCUGUAGCUAUCAGAAGAUUCCUACGGAUGAUACAAACUCACAGUAUCAACCUUAUGGUGAUUAUCGGGCGCAGGAUCGAACAGUAGUAGCUUAUCAAGAUUUCACUUCCAUGAAUUAUCCUUCGAUAUAUCAAGGAUAUGAUCAUCCAUUCACCGCAGAUCAGUAUUAUGAAAAUGAGCCAUCAAAAAUGCAAUAUGUUGGUGAGCAAUCAGCAACUUUAUCUAAUUACAGCACCUUACAGUAUGAUCAAUCACAAGCUCGCGGAAGUGAUCAGACAACAAACUACGAUAGUGAAAGAGGAACUGAUUACGGUAUACAACAAUACCAAUUAAAUACUGUCCAAACUAGCGAUGAAGACUACCGAUCCAUCGCGGUUCCGCAAUAUAUCGCACCUUUAUCUGAUACGGAUCCAUUUUCAUGGGAAGCGCAGGAAGAAAAUAUGGAAAAAAUAACUUCUCCAGCACCGAUGUCACAAAUGUCAGCUGAAGUGACACCAACAUCAUCUACAGUCAUAUCUCAACCAAGCCAGUUGCCUUCGGAACAACCAGAUGCCACUUAUUCUACUGCUGACGUCAAAAAAAAACAUAUUUCAUUGACUAUAUGA